AAAGAUUUUAUCAUUAACUAGAUGAAGCCAUUAUAAAUGUUAUUGUUAAAAUAGACUCUAUAAUCAUAAACAACCAAAUAUUCAAACAAAUAAGAAGGUAAAAGAAUCUUUUUUUUUAAUUUAGCGCAAAUUUUGCCGGAAAAGUAAAAAAAUUAAAAGACCAAAGAUAUUAAAUUAGUAUAAAUUAAAAUUUUAGCGAUUAGGAAUAAAAUGAAUAGCAAGCUCAUGAAAAAAGGAAAAAAAGUAGGACCUCCUCCAGGACUACAAUAGAAGAUGUAAUAGCAAAAUAAAUAAGAGGAGUAUGAUGAGUCAAGUAGUGAAAGUGACUAUGAUCCUGAAUUCGAACAUCCUGAUGACGCAGAAGAUUUUGAAGAUUACAGACCUGAUGGCUAUCACCCAACAAUUUUGGGUGAAAAAUUUAAGGAUGGCAGAUAUACUAUUGUUUAAAAGUUAGGUUGGGGUCAUUUUUCAACAGUGUGGUUAGCAUACGAUAAAGAAACAGAUUCUAAUGUGGCAUUAAAAAUUUAAAAGAGCAAAAAAAGUUAUUAAGAAGCAGCUGUUGAUGAAUUAUAGCUUUUAGGAGAUUUGAGAAAGAAUGAAAAAAACGAAAAAUGGCUCAGUUUUAUAAAAGAAAUGAAAGAAAAGUAUCCAGAUUGUACAGAAUUUAAUGAAAAUGAAUAAUACUGUGUUAAGCUACUUGAUAAUUUUGUCCACUUUGGUGUUCAUGGAAAACAUUACUGCAGUACCUUUGAAAUUAUGGGUCCUAAUUUACUUGACCUUAUUUAACAUUUUGAUGAUUAUAAAAAGAAUAUGAAGUAUUGGCUUGUUAGACAAAUAGCUCGCUAAUGCUUAAUUGGCUUAGUUUAUCUUCACGAUGUUUGUGGUAUGAUUCACACAGAUCUUAAACCUGAAAACGUUAUGCUUUAGUUAAAUGAAGAUUAUUAUCAUUAAUUCAUAGAACAAGUAAAGAAAUUAGAUAAGAAGCCUAUGUCUAUGUACUAUCUAAAGAAAUAGUAAUAGAAAUAGUCGAAGCAGACUGCAAAAAAAGAUAAGAAAAAGGAAAAGAAGAAAAAAAAGAAAUAAGAAGCUGCUGCUGCAGCAGCUGCUGUAACAUAAGCAACCAAUUAAACCCAAGAUCAAAAUUCUACUAAUAAUACUACCACUGUUAGUGAAUAGACAAUAAUUGAAACAAGUACAAAUGAAAAUAAGGAAUUAAAUAAUUAAAAACAAGAGGAAAUUGUUAAAAACCUUUAAGAAAAUAAAGAAACAACUAACAAUGGAAAGAAUGAUGAGAAAAAGUAAGAAAAUGCAAUUGACUUGAAAGAAAAUCAAGAUUAAAAUGUUUAAAAAAAUAAUAAUGAUAACGCUCAAGAGAAAGUAGAAACUAAUUCUACUAACAAGUAAGAAGAUUCUCAAGAAAAGUUAAAAUAAAAUAAAGAAGACACUAAAUCUAAGAACAAGGAAGAUGAUGAAAAAAAAGAAAAAGAAAAUGACAGCGAUUACUCUGAUUGUGAAAGCGACUCAGAUAGAGAUGAAGUUAGUGAAGAAGAGCUUUAUACUUUAAAGUGGAAAAACAAAAUACCAAUUGCUUUAGACAAAUCUUUAAAAAUAAAAAUUGUUGACUUUGGUAACGCCUGUUGGAUCAAUAAAAAAUUUACAAAUAAUAUCUAGACACGUGAAUAUAGAGCUCCUGAAACAAUUUUAGGAAUAGAUUACUAGUAAAAUACAGAUGUUUUUAGUUUUGCUUGCAUGAUUUACGAGUUAAUAACUAAUGAUUAUCUAUUUAAACCUAAGAAGAGAGAUGAUACAACUAAAAAUGAUGAACAUCUAGCCCUCUUCUAAGAAAGCUUAGGAAAAUUCAAUAAAUAGUUUGCUCUUUCUGGUACAAAAAGCAGAGAAUUCUUUAACAAAAGCGGACAAUUAAUUAGAAUCAAAGAAAUUUAGGAUUAUCCUAUCAGCAGAAUUUUAAUAUCAGAAUAUGACUGGGAUACUAAAGAAGCUUUAGAUAUUGAAGACUUUUUAUUGCCUAUGUUGCAUUACAACCCAAGUAAACGUAUAUAAGCAAGAGAGGCACUCUAACAUCCUUGGCUUUGGUAGUAAUGAAAAGACAAUUAUAUAAUAAUAUUAUUCUACAAUUCUAAAAACCUUAAUUAUUAAAAAUAAACUUAGUACCAAUUUGUUUUUAUGUAAAUAUUCUGUGAAAUAAAUAAUAUUAAAUUACUUUUUUAAUUUAAAACAUGAUUGAUUAAUUUAGA